CCGCAUAUUUUGCGAUGUCAUCACAUACGCACAUUAUAUUCGUGCGCGGCGGAAUCUUUCAAAUGAAGUCUCGAAUAUUACAAAUUGCCCCCAAAUAUCGUAAAAUAAUUCAACAUAGCCCAAGUCCAAAUUCAAAAAACUUGUCUCCCAAGCUUGCGAAGACCUCAAUAUCCCAGGUCCUUCUCCUAUAAAUUAGCCACCCAUUUUACUCCUGUAUUCUCUAAAACAUUUUUCUUUGCUACAUUUUCCUAAUUCCCAAACGCUUAAAGUUCUUUAAUUACCAGCAAGUAUAUAUAAUGUGUCCAACAGGAAGUGUUGUACAUUCUGCAACCACCGGGAAGCCAAAUCUCCGGUCAGCAUUCGACGUUUUAGACGUUGACCGUGAUGGUAAGAUAAGCACCAACGAUCUCCGAACAUCAUACGGUGGGUUCCUCGGAAAUUCCGAGGAUGACGUCAUUGGUACGAUGAUGACGGUCGCAGAUUCCAACAAAGAUGGGUACGUGGAAUUCGAGGAGUUCCAGAAGGUUCUGGAUAGUUCUAGAAGGGUGAAUGUAAUGGAAGAUGUUUUCAAGGUGAUGGAUAAAGAUGGUGAUGGCAAAGUUGGGGCUGAGGAUCUUAAGAGUUAUCUGAAUUUUGCUGGGCUUCAAGCUGAUGAUGAUGAUGUUAAGGCCAUGAUUAAAUUGGGCCGUGGUGAUAAUGAUGAAAAUGGUGGUGUUACCUAUGAAGCUUUUCUCAAGAUUUUGUCUCUUUGAUUUGUUACUCCCAAAUUCAAUACGUAACAUUGGAACAAUUGCAGAGAAGAUUGAUGACGGUGAUAAAUGUUAGAUUAGGUGAAGAAGUAUUAUUGAUUUGAUUUUGUAUUUUUUAAUGAUUUGUGAAGUUCAAAGUAGCGUGGUGCACUGUUUCAUAUGCUAUCGGCAUAUCCCGAGAAUUCCCCGAAAAAAGAGUUUUUCUACGGCAUCUUUUUUGUGUAGGGGACAAAUAUAACCUUGUUCUUUCAGAAAGUGGUAAAAUAUAUAUUUUGUUAUGCUAUUAGCUUAAAAAUACUGCUAAGUUAUACAAUUAGUUCAAAUAUACCCUCACUUGUAAAAAUAUAAUUUCUUGGCCUUUUACAAUUUGAAUAGAAGAAAAUGAUUUUUUCAAAUU